CAUUUUUGUCAUGAAAUACAAAAACAAAAUUUGAAGUUAAUUUAUUAUUAUUAAAUACCCUACAUUAAAUUUUUUGUCUUCACGUUACCAGAUUACGUUCAGCAAUGUCAUAUUGUUAUUAUUUAAAAUUAUGGUUGUUAAAUAGCAAAAAGCUCAGUUUGGGGUUUUGUUUGUUUUGUUGUUAGCGGUAAGUUCAGGGUAGUGACCGACUCGGGCGAACUCGCUUUAGGCCCCUGUCAGUUAGUGGCAGUUGUUUUCUGUCCGUUAGUGGUAUUACGCGCGCUGUACCUUCAGAGUUCCUUCGAUCUUAAACACGCUAGUGGAAUUCAAAACCGAAAUAUUAUUAAUGAAACAUUAAUCGUUUUGUGUGUGUUUUUUUUUAAUUAUAUUUUAAUAUUUUGUGUAUCAUUAACAAAGUACUUAAAUAGAAAGAUUACUUUUUGGUGUUUUUAAUAUUUUUUUUUUUUAAGUUUUCUCAGACCCUCGUUUUCUGUGGUAAUGUGUGGUGUUGUGUGAUGGUGUAGAAUGUGGCGUCGGUGGUUGGUGAUGGCACUGCUGGUGGCGGUCGCCGCUGGUAAGGGCAAGAAGCAUCGCCAUCAGAAGCCUGGUAGAGCACUGCUGGACCGCCUCGCGAGUACCAGCGAGGGUGAGGUGGUGGCGAUCGGUGAUGAGACUAGUGGCUUACUACCCGCCCCACUCGACGUCGCGCCCUACUCCGCAAUCACAGCGAACGCGACAUGCGGAGACACGGGCACCGAGGAGUUCUGCAGAGACACUCCUGGCAAACGCGGCGUGGUCUGCGAUGUAUGCGAAGGCAUCGACGGGUCCCCCUCGCGGCGUCACCCCCCUUCACACGCAGUGGAUGGAAGCCCUACAACCUGGUGGCAGAGUCCAACGCAAGCAGCCGGUGAAGAGUUCAGCCAUGUAGAGCUGGUCGCCACUUUACCUGAUAAAAUGGAAUUGCUCCACGUUAUAAUAAAAUCAGGUCCAUCACCUCGCCCGCUUGCGUGGUCUCUCGAGGUAUCAACGUCUGAAGGUGGUGAUGACUGGCAGAUGAUACGCGCGUUUGGAGACAAAGAACACUGUCGCCGCCUUUGGGACUUAAGACCAGAGAGACGAAGACGGAAGGCCAGGGGCGCGAAGAGAUCUAAUAGGUUUGAUAAGCCGACGUGCUCAACUCAGUUCGUUAGUCCAAGACCUCUUGAAAAUGGAGAGAUGCACGUCGGCAUAGGCGAAGGUGUGUGGGCGCGUCGCGUGCGCGUGUCGUUCCGCAGCGCGCACCCUGCGCCUGCGCACCGCCGGUACUACACCGUGCGCGCGCUCACGCUGGCCGCACGCUGCCUGUGCCACGGACACGCCACGCACUGCAAUGUUGACGCACAGGGUGCUAAGUGCUCAUGCGAGCACGACACCUGCGGUGCGCAGUGCGAGCGAUGCUGCUCAGGCGGCACGUGGUCGGCUGGUGUGCCAUGCGGACUACAACCAGACUGCACGUGCGGAGAGCGGGGCGCGUGCACCUACGAUGACACUGGCGCUAUAGUAUGCGUCAAUUGUACGGAAAAUCGCGCAGGUCCGUUAUGCGAUCGUUGCCUUGUCGGAUACUACAACGCCUUACCAGAUGGACCGUGCCUACCUUGCGAAUGCGAUCCAGAAGGUUCUAAAGGUACAUGUAAAUGGAACAGAAAGCAUCGCCAAGCACUAUGUGACUGCCGGCCAGGGUUCUCCGGACCCCACUGCGAUGCUUGCAAGGACUCUUCUGCUGUAUUUCCUGCCUGUCUACCAAUAACAACUACUGCUGUACCGAAAUGCAAAUGUGACCCCAGGGGUAUAGUGGAUCCAACGCGAGUAUGUGACGAAGUUUGUGAGUGCAAGAAAAACGUGGUAGGCGAGCGAUGUGACACUUGUGCGAGCGGACAUUACGGGCUGAGUGCAGAGCUAGCAAGCGGUUGUCGUCCGUGCUACUGUUCCCACAUCACUGACUCAUGCGUGGCUGCUGAACCCUCCGAUCCACUGCCGCCGGUAGUGUUACCCCUGGGAGAUGCAUGGUUGGUAAGCGACGUUGAAGGCAACCAGACAUUACAAGCAUCCAUUGACGAGCAAGGGAAACCGUACUUGAUUAGUUAUGAGGUGGAAGGCUGGGAGUCGUUCUACUGGGCUACUGACUCUUGGAACGGUGAGCAACUUUCCAUGUACGGCGGUGAGAUCCAUGCCACCCUCAACUUAGGCAUAGUUCGAGGGGACACCGGCGGGAAUCCUACUGUUGGACCUGAUAUCAUACUGAUCGGUGCUGAUGGCACAAAGUUAACAUCAGCGAACACGAGCUACGAGACGGCCGGGCAGCUGGAGAUCUCGGUCCCCCUGGAGGAAGACGCGUGGUACGCGGCGGGCGAGGAGUGGACGGCGUCGCGCGCGCAGCUCAUGGACGUGCUGCGGGACGUGCGCCGCCUGCUGCUGCGCGCGCACCUGCACCUCGACCAGGACGAGGUCCGGCUGGAGGGCGCGGAGGUGCGCGGGGCGGCGCGGGGGUCGCGGGCGGCGGGCGAGGCGUGCGCGUGCCCGCGCGGCUACGGCGGCGCGCACUGCUCGCGCUGCGCCUGGGGGCACGCGCGCCUGCUGCACGCGCCGCACGCUACGCCGCGCUUCGAAUGCGUGCCCUGCGCCUGCAACCACCACGCGCACUGCGACACCGUUGACGGUCCUUGCGGUCCCUGUCAACACAAUACGACGGGACCACACUGUGAACGGUGCCUACCAGGGCACUAUGGAAACCCUGUACAGGGAGCGUGCAAGCCGUGCGCGUGCCCUCUGUACAUCCCGUCGAACAACUUCAGCCCGAACUGCGUGCUCGCGUCCGCGUCGGGCGACGAGUACGUUUGCACACAGUGCCCGGACGGAUACACAGGCGAACACUGUGAGCACUGCGAUGCCGGACACUGGGGCGCGCCCACGGAACCUGGGGGCGCGUGUCGACCCUGCGAGUGUGGAGGUGCGCCCUGCCGCGCCGACACUGGCGAGUGCCUCGUGUGUCCGCCACACACUGAGGGUGCGCGCUGCGACACUUGCGAGGAGGGCUACUGGUUCGGGCCGAGCGGCGGCAUGGGUGCGAGCGUGGGCUCGGGUGCGUGCGUGGCGUGCGCGUGCGGUGCAGGCGCGCUGGCGGCGGCGUGCGACGCGCGUUCGGGCCAGUGCGCGUGCCGCCACGGCUGGGCCGGCCGCGCCUGCGACGUCUGCGCACCCGGACAUGGAGGCAUAGAAGAAGGCUGUCCACCGUGCCGAUGCGGCGUGGCUGCGAUACACAGUGCGUGUGACGGCAAGAGUGGCGCCUGCGUGUGCGCACCCGGCGCAGCGCCGCCAUCUUGUGACACGUGCCUUCCCGAAUAUUACGACCUCAACACAACUGGCUGUAGCGGUUGCAACUGCUCCAGCUUGGGCGCCGAGAGCAAUGUGUGCGACAUACGAACGGGCCAGUGUCGGUGCAAGCCGCACGUCACGGGUCGCGCCUGCGACACCUGCGAGGUGGGUUACUGGGGCCUACAGCAGGGAGGGUGCAGGCGGUGCGAGUGCGGCGCGGGCGCUGCCGCCUGCGACCCCGUCACUGGGAUGUGCGCGUGCGCAUCCGGAGUAGGAGGCGCGCAGUGCGACCACUGCCUACCAGGGUAUUAUGGCUUCAGACCUGCGGGCUGUUUACCUUGUCCGACGUGCACGGACGGCAAGGUGUGUUCCCCGGACACUGGACAGUGCGUGUGUCCGCCGCGUUCCCGGGGUCCUGGUUGUCGGCAGUGCGCGCCUGGCUAUUGGUCAAAACAGAACGGCUGUCAGCCUUGCAGAUGUGGCGCUGGAGCUAUAUUCAAUAUGUGCGACCCAGUAUCAGGACAGUGCAAAUGUCGGCUGGGCUGGACCGGCGUGGGGUGCGACAGAUGUGCUACGGGCCACUAUGGGCCUCGGUGCCGGCCGUGCGACUGCUCGCCCGUCGGCACCCUGCACUGUGAGAAUGGUACUUGUGGCUGUGAUGAGCACGGACGGUGUAAUUGCAAGGAGAACGUGGUGGGUGACAAAUGCGACAAAUGUUUGGACGGCACCUUCGGACUGUCAGCACACAACCCGGUUGGGUGCACGGCGUGCUUCUGCUUCGGCCGCGCUGCCCACUGUUCCCAAGCCGCGCUCACCAGGUCCGCGCUGCACGUCGCCGUUCCUCAACACGUCACGCUACUCAGGGGCGAAGAUCAGAUCACUACGAUGGAUCAAAACUCUCCGCUAGCUAUUCAUACGCACUCCCCCGAUGCGACCAUCUCCCUCCCCUGGCCUCCAGUGCCGGUCUACGUGGAGCUGGACAAGCGGUUCCUUGGCGACCGCGUCACGUCGUACGGUGGAGCGCUGCGAUUCACCGUAGAAGAGGAGGGCGGCGAGGAGUUACCGCUAGAAACCAGAAGACGGUUCCCGCUAGUCUUGUUAUAUAGUAAAGAUAUCGUGCUGGAACAAUUUGAGCGUGUGCCAGCCAAGAACGGCACGCACUCAGUACGACUGUACGAGUCGCUAUGGCGCGUGCGGGAUCGCGGCGGCGUGGCCAGCCGCUCCGCUCUCAUGGUGGUCCUGGGGAAACUCGACCGGAUCCUGCUGCGGGUCACCACCAGAGUACCCACUGCCAGGGACAACGUUCAUGCGCUACUCCUCAACGUAUCAAUGGACACGGCGAUCCCAGGCUUAAGCCGUUCUGAGCCGGCGUUAGGGGUGGAGCGUUGCGACUGCACGUCGGGCUUCGCAUCUGACUCGUGCCAGCGGCCCGCGCGCGGCUACUGGCUGCCACCGAUACGCCAGAAUAUUCACCUCAGAGACGGCACCAUCGUCAUCACACUCGACGGACAAGCGCAGCCCUGCAACUGCAACGGGAGGGCUACCGCCUGCGAUCCUGUCACUGGCGACUGCUUGAACUGUACGGGCGGCACGGGCGGAGCACGGUGCGCGGAGUGCGCGGCGGGCUACUACGGCGCGGCGCCGGCCUGCCGACCCUGUCCCUGCGCGCCCGGCGCCUCCGGCUGCCGCCUGAUCGCCGGACGUCUGCAGUGCCUCUGCAAACCCGGGUACGCGGGCGCGGAAUGCGAGCGGUGUGCAGCAGGCUGGCGGCGCGUGGGCGACGCGUGCGCGGCGUGCGCGUGCGACCCGCGCGGGGCGCUGUCGGCGCGCUGCGACGCACGCGGCACGUGCCGCUGCCGGCCGCCCGCCGCCGGGCCCACCUGUUCUCUCUGCGCAGCGCCACGCACCUACAUGGGCCACGACGGCUGCACGCCUUGCGACAACUGCACGCAAACCCUCUUAGAUGCGGCAGAAGAUUUAACCCGAGAUCUACGAGCACGCGCCAACCCCACAGAACUCAGCAGGAUACCAAAACCAUUUCCAGCCUUGCUAGAAUUUGCUCACAACUCUUCUAAACUAGUCGACGAACUAAAAAACUUGAGGACAGACAUGACACAAAUGCAAUACAUCGAAAACUCUAUAGCUAAUCUAGAAAGCGAAGAACAUCUAGUAUUUACAGAGGCGCACCAACUGAAAGAAGAAGCUUUUAGAAUACAAAAUUAUUCACAAUCUAUGAAUGUAGAAAGCAUGAAUGCGUUAGAUGAAGUGCUCAAACAAAGAAGGCAAAUAAGUGAACAGGUAGCACGUUUGAACGAAUUUUCAAAAGGCGAAAGACAUCUUAGCGCGCACAAAGCGCUGAAAGAAGCGAGGAAGUUACUUAGGCAAAUUAAUGAUAUAAAAUUGAUCGAUUACAUUGGAUCAGUGAAUGAUGUAUUUAAUACGGCACAUCUCCAAUCGGCUUCAGUGCAACAGAACAACCGACUAAUCGACGACAUGUACAAACGAGUACGAACAUUGCAAAACGCACUAAUGGAGUGGGACCGCAAGGGGGAGGACCUGACAAGACUGGCGGAUACGGUGUGGACAGCGGGAGAGGUGGUCACCGCCGUCGGCACGCGCGUACUGCCCAGACUGGCCACAGUCAGAGAUAUUGGCUUGAGGUGCAGACUCAUGCUGGAGGAUAUCACAUCGCUGUCUGCAAAGAACCUGACAGACGAGAUAGCGUCCGCAAUAUUACGGAGUCAGGCGGUGGCCAUCAAGUUCCCAAGCCUGACGGCAGAACUGGAGACUCUCACAGCAGCUGCGGAGGAGAAGGAAGGAAUCUUAUAUAACCUUACUCCAGUUUACCGACAGAAAUACUUGGAAAAUGCAGAAAGACACGUCGCUAUGCUGGGCGAGAAAGCCAAAGAAUAUAAAAGACUGUUCGCGGGUACGCGCGCUGCUGCAUCGCCGGGCAUGUCAGCUGCGCGCGCAUGGUCGGCGGUAGCGGCAGCGGUGCGCGAGGCGGCCGCGGCUGCCAACAGCGCCCUCGCUGCUGCCGCCGCUGCCGCAUCCAUGGCCCGUGGACCCGACCCCGUAUUGCGCGCCGCCGCUGCUGGCAUUCGCUCCUCCGAUGGUCUGCGCAAAAAGGGAGCUGCCGUUCUCGCCAAGGCUGAUGAACUUCGAACACAACUAGACCGCCUUAUCCACGAGGCUGACCUCGUCAGUGUAACGCUACGAGGUCUCGGCUGGCAGGAGCAGGAAUUGGAAAUAAUGCCGCAAGCGAAUGUGGCCGCCACGCUAGCGGAGUCUGGGAGGCAGGCUGACCGCGUGUUCGCGACCACGAGGGCGCUGUACGACGAGGCGGCGGAGCUGCGGAGACGAGUGCAGUACCAGAUGCGUAGGCAGCUCGUCGAGUUACAGCGGCAUGGCGAUACUGCUCUCGGAGCUGCUCAGGAACAUGUGUCACAGAUCCGGGGAAACAUGGCGCGUGAAGUUGAAGUGGUAGCAGCGCUAGAGGGCGCGGCAGCGGCGCGCGGCCGGGAGCAGGCGGAGCGCGGCGCGGCGCUGUCGCCCGCGCUGCGCUCGCUCGCCGCCCGCGUGGCGCGCGCGCACCAUGCCGCCGCAUCCAUCGCAGUGUCAGUGUCGUCGGCGGCAAGCGGCACGUGCGCGCGCGCGUUUUUGCGGGAGGCGCCGUCGGCGGCGGCGUGGCGGCUGGCGCUGGCUGUGUCGUUCGAGCGGCACGUGCAGCCCGGCACGCUGCUCUACGUGCUCGACGACGGGCACGACGACAACGCGCACGGGAACGAGAAAUAUCUACACUUAAGUGUAGAAGACAAGCGGCUACACGUUAGAUGGGAUCUGGGCGACGGUCCUGGCUACCUUCGCCACCCUCAGGAGCUGCAGCCAGCUCAAGACGACGCUGACCAUGCCACCUACAAGAUCGAACUCGACAGGGUAUGGAACACAGUGCACCUCCGCGUGGAGCGGUUAGGCGCGGGCGUGGUGUCCGCAUCCAACAGCAGCGGCCCUGGAGCCGUCACGCUGCAAGCGUCGCGUGUUUGGCUCGGGGCGCCGCCUCCGGGCAAGACUGGUGCAUCCGAUUUGCCCGGCAUAUCACACUUACCCGGGCUGCCCGGGUGUGUGCACGCGUUGUACAGUGAUGACAAGACUAUUGGAUUAUGGAAUUUCGUGGAGCAGCCGAAGAACGCUCAGUGCACGGGCUGUACGCAAAGAUGGUUCGGUGGACGCGUGGCGGGUGGUGGCGCAGCGGGCGGUGGCGCGGAAGCAGCGCUGGCGUGGUUCGAUGGCGCCGGCUACGCAGAGUUAAGGCGAGCCUCGCCGCGCGCACCUGACCGCCGUCACUUUAGCCUGGCCUUCACCUUCCGCACGCGAGACCGCGACGCGUUACUCUUCAUGGCGUUUGACGCUGCUAACAACCGGUCGGUGUGGGUGGCACUGCAGGACUGCCACGUGGUGUUCACGGUGCAGUACGGCGGCGCGCGACUACGCAUCGCCGACGGCGGCCGCCACUGCGACGGCCGGCCCGCGCACGUGCAGGCCAUUCGCGUCUUCGCAGCCAACAACCUCGAAAAAGGCAGCCUGCGCGUGAACGGCGAGGAGACGCUGGGCUCGCCGUCGCCGCCCGUGCAGGCGGCGGCCGCGCUGCCCGACCUCACCGCCGCGCCCUACUGGCUGGGCGGGCUGCCGCCCCGCCGCCCCGUCCCCGCCCCCGCGCCCGCGCUGCUCGGCUGCCUCGGCGCCGUCUCCGUCGACCGCGAGGGCUACGACUUGAUGGACACUCCCAGCAGGCACGGCGUCGAGCCCUCCUGCGGGACCAGGGUGCUGCGGUCAGCGGUGUUCGAGGGUAACGGGUUCGUGGAGCUGCCCUGGACGGCGCUACGACGGCGCGGCGCGCUGGGCGCAUCGUUUCGUGCGCGCGCCGCAGAUGGCUUGCUGCUGCUGCUCGCGCCCACUGCCGACCGCACCCACUACCUCGCACUACUCAUGGUCAACGGUGAACUGGAAGUGAUAGCUGCGGCGGGCAAAGAAGAGUUGCGUCUGCGCACCAACGGUACAAAAUUCGACGACCGGAGACUACACACCGUCCGAUUACUGCGUGCUCAUAAACAGCUAGAACUAUGGGUGGAUGAUGAGAAGCUGGCACAAGGUCCUUUGUCGGGGUCAACUUUCGCAGCUCGCGACAACGGUUUCUUUGUUGGUGGCGUAGAUAACGAUACCGCCAAUAUUCCCAACGUGCCCACUACUGGAUUCACUGGUACCAUCGCUGAUAUUAUCGUGGACGGACAACUGGUGGGCGUGGAGGGCGCGGUGCGGUGGCGGGGCGCGGGGCUGGGCCGCGCGGACGCGGAGCCGCGCGAGCUGGCCCGCGAGCCGCCGCGAGCGCUGCAGCGCCCGCCCGCCGCCAGCGGCUGCUCCAAGUCGUCGUCGUACACGCUGGAGGCGGGCGCGCUGAAGUUCGGCGACUCGGCGUGGAGCCACGCCACGCUGCGGCUGGGCGCGCACAGCGGCCAGCUCGCCGUCACGCUGCAGUUCCGCACCUUCGCGCCCAACGGGAUCCUGCUGCUUGCGCCGGGUUCGAAAACGAAACCCAAACAUUACACGGUGUUGAUGGUGCGCGAGGGCAAGUUGAAGCUGAUAGUGCGCGGGCGCAAGCGGCGCGAGUUCUCGCUCGCCGCCUUCGUCGCCGACGGUACAUGGAGAACUGUGUCGGUGCGCGUGUCGCGUGCGCGCGCGUCGCUGUGGGGCGCGGGGGGCGCGGGGGGCGCGGCGGGCGGCGCGGCGCCCUCCGCCGCCCGCGCGCGCCGCCUCUACCUCGGCGGCCUGCCCGCGCCGCCAGCGCUGCCGCACCUGCCCGCCGCGAUGAGCCGGUGGGCGCGGUUCGUGGGGUGCGUGCGGCGUGUGACGGUGCGCGGGCGCGCGCGGGACGUGGCGCGGGAGGCCGCCCUGCACGCCGUCGGACAGUGCUUCCCGCGGGUCGAACCCGCCGCCUACUUCGCAGGUGACGCGUACGCGACGUGGUCGUCGUCGCGCACAUUGUGGGGAGAGGGCGGAGUGCUCGAGGUGCGAUUGCAGUUCCGUACUGCUGAGCCGAACGGCGUGCUCUUCGCGAUCGGAGAUCUUAUACUCGAACUGAAAGAUGGUGCCGUGGUGCUGUCGCGCGGCGACGAGGUGGUGGAGUGGCGGGGCGCGGGCAGUGCGGCGGGCGGCUCGCUGUGCGACGGCGCGUGGCACGAGGCGGAGGCGCGCGCGUCGGGCGGCGCGCUGUGGCUCACGCCGGACGGCGGGCCCGCGCUGCGAGCCGCGCGCCGCGCCGCUCUACCUCGCCGGCUCGCGUGCUCUCUCUCUCUCUCCUCACACGCCCGGACGGCGGGGCCCCGCUGCGAGCCGCGCGCCCGCGCUGCGCGCCGACCGGCCUACCCGCCGCCCGCGCGCCGCUCUACCUCGCCGGCCUGCCCGCCCGCCGCCCGCGCGCCGCUCUCCCUCGCCGGCCUGCCCGGUAACUCUCUCUCUCUCUAUCUCACGCCGGACGGAGGGCCCGCGCUGCGAGCCGCGCGCCGCGCCGCGCUGCUGGCCGACCGGCCGCAGCCCGCCGCCCGCGCGCCGCUCUACCUCGCCGGCCUGCCCGGUAACUCUCUCUCUCUAUCUACGGCGGGCCCGCGCUGCGAGCCGCGCGCCGCGCCGCGAUGCUUGCCGACCGGCCGCAGCCCGCCGCCCGCGCGCCGCUCUACCUCGCCGGCGUGCCCGCCCGCCGCCCGCGCGCCGCUCUACCUCGCCGGCCUGCCCGGUAACUCUCUCUCUCUCUAUCUCUCACGCCGGACGGCGGGCCCGCGCUGCGAGCCGCGCGCCGCGCCGCGCUGCUGGCCGACCGGCCGCAGCCCGCCGCCCGCGCGCCGCUCUACCUCGCCGGCCUGCCCGGUAACUCUCUCUCUCUCUAUCUCACGCCGGACGGCGGGCCCGCGCUGCGAGCCGCGCGCCGCGCCGCGCUGCUGGCCGACCGGCCGCAGCCCGCCGCCCGCGCGCGCGCCGCGCUACCUCGCCGGCCUGCCCGGUCACGCUCUCUCUCUCUAUCUCACGCCGGACGGAGGGCCCGCGCUGCGAGCCGCGCGCCGCGCCGCGCUGCUGGCCGACCGGCCGCAGCCCGCCGCCCGCGCGCCGCUCUACCUCGCCGGCUUGCCCGCCGCGCGCCGCGCCGCGCUGCUGGCCGACCGGCCGCAGCCCGCCGCCCGCGCGCCGCUCUACCUCGCCGGCCUGCCCGGUAACUCUCUCUCUCUCUAUCUCACGCCGGACGGCGGGCCCGCGCUGCGAGCCGCGCGCCGCGCCGCGCUGCUGGCCUACCGGCCGCAGCCCGCCGCCCGCGCGCCGCUCUACCUCGCCGGCCUGCCCGGUAACUCUCUCUCUCUCUAUCUCACGCCGGACGGCGGGCCCGCGCUGCGAGCCGCGCGCCGCGCCGCGCUGCUGGCCGACCGGCCGCAGCCCGCCGCCCGCGCGCCGCUCUACCUCGCCGGCCUGCCCGGUAACUCUCUCUCUCUCUCUCUCUCACGCCGGCCGGCGGGCCCGCGCUGCGAGCCGCGCGCCGCGCCGCGCUGCUGGCCGACCGGCCGCAGCCCGCCGCCCGCGCGCCGCUCUACCUCGCCGGCCUGCCCGGUAACUCUCUCUCUCUCUCUAUCUCACGCCGGACGGAGGGCCCAGGGCGACACGGGCGAGAGCACGCGAGAAAACUUCAAAGGGUGCAUGCGCGAGGUGACCGUAGGUGGACAGAAACGCGACUGGACCGAGAUGGAGGCGCUGCACAACGUGCUGCUCGACUCGUGCCCGGUGCAGCAAAAACGAUCGUGUACCAUCUGCAUCAAAUUGAACAAUGGAAAUGAAUGUCAGUCUCAGCAAAGAGUUGUUGCAAUCCUGUAUCAAUUGCGCCUUGCUGCAGAGUUGAUAUGGUUCUAUACCUUCCACGCCCCACUUGGAGGUUAA